AUGAAAGAUGUAGCCAUACAAUCAAGAUCAAUAAUAACAAGAUGUUUGUUUCUCUCCUUUUUCCUUUCUUUAUCUUGUUUCAUCAUACUUUUCUCUCUAAAAUCCACAACUUAUCUCAGCAAAGAAUCCAUAUCCAGAGCGGAUGCCACCAUCAAGAUCCGACCUGGAUACACCUCUUACGACAACUACAUUAACCACCAACUUCGUAAAACAACCAACCUAAAGCUCCGGAAAAUAUGGACCACCCGGGAUUGGGACAGAAAGAUUCUGGUCUUUACACAAUUCUUUUCUGAUCUAAAGCACAAAAAGUUGAUGUCAAAUUCGUCUAAAGCUCUAUGUAUUGGAGCUCGGGUCGGUCAAGAAGUGGAAGCUUUGAAACGGGUAGGGGUUUGGGAUUCCAUCGGGUUGGAUCUUGUCCCAUACCCGCCACUUGUUAUCGAAGGUGACUUUCAUUCUCAGCCGUUUGAUGAUGAGACUUUUGACUUUGAAUUUUCAAAUGUGUUUGAUCAUGCAUUGUAUCCUGAGAAGUUUGUAGGAGAGAUCCAACGGACGUUAAAGGCUGGUGGGAUAUGUGUGUUACACGUGGCAAUCUCUAGACGGUCGGAUAAGUAUUCGGCUAAUGAUCUGUAUAGUAUUGAACCCUUGAUUAAGUUGUUCAAUGGGUCAAAUUUCGUUUAUUCUAGGAAGGUUGAUGGGUUUGGGCUAGAUACUGAAGUGGUCUUUAGGAAAAAGAAAGCAAUCAAACAGUUAUGAAUAUUUGUUUCUUGCUUGUAUCAUACUUUAGAGUUUUUUUUUUUCCUAAACCAAAUAGUUUAGACAAAGGUAACAAUAUGAAUGUCUUGGACAAGUUGGAUAACGAGUUGAAACGGAUUUGAUCAGAUA